GCCUAAGCAGAAAGAGAGACAGGCUCCUUACCCACACAAUACUUUGAUUGACUUCGCAAGCAAUUCAGAAAUUACCUCUAACGGACAUCGACGGGCAAGCAGUAGAAAAAAAUGGGUGCAACUCGAUCGUGGCUCCGAUCUGAUGAGGUACUGCACCUAAAGGAGGAUUUAGCCCAACUCCAAGCAGAACUGGAUGCAGCCUACGAUAUUAUCAGUGAGAUGGACGAUGACGAUAUAUUGGAAAUUCAAAACCAAUGGCUGCGCGAUGAACUGAAAGAAUUCAAAGAAAAAUCAGGAUGGGAAGAUCUUGGAGAUGUAUCACACAGAAAAAUAGGGGAGCGGCAAUCUGAUCGACAUAAGCGUCGCAGAUAUAGAGAGAAUGUGGCCCGCGGCAUGCAUGGACAGAGUCUGAAAGAUUUAGCACUAGAGCGACGAUAUGGACGGCAAUGGGAUGGAUCGGUUAUAGGGGAACUACUCCGAUGCUGCAGGGCGGGAGCGGCUCAGAAUUGAAUCUUUAUAUUAUUUACUAUGCACAUUCGCACAAUUAUAUACG